CAGUGUCAUUGUCUUCUAUAUUUAGGUAUUUAGACAUACCUGUGUCAAUUCUUUUUACUUCCGGUUGUGCAAACAAACACGGUGUGUUAGUUCGAUCAGUAUGGCUCGUGGUCAACAAAAAAUCCAGUCUCAGAUGAAAAAUGCUGAAAAGCAGGCUAAGUUGAAGAAGAUGGCUGGAACUGACACAAAGAAAGCUGCUGCAGCUGCUUUAACACAUAAAUGUACUGUGUGUAUGUCUAUGAUGCCUGAUCCUAAAACAUACAAACAACAUUUUGAAAGUAAACAUCCUAAGGUAGCACUACCAGCAAACUUGGUAGAUGUUGUAGCUUAAAAAUCUCCACCGAUAUUCUCUAUGACGAUAUGCAAACACGGAAGUUGGUAAAAGGAUACUACCUAAAGACAUGAUACUUAAUUACGUUAUGUAAACAGUGACACUUUUCUUUAUAUAAAAUAAAUAUAAAUGUUGGUGUAGGAAAACCCUAUUUUUAUCAUGUUUCCAGUGAAAUAUAUAUCAAAAUAUUGACACUGGUAUUUGCCUUUUACAUAGUAUAUUUAGCAAGACUUUUUACAUUCAUGUUAAUGAAGUAAAUAACAUUUAAAAUCUUAAGAGGCAAAUUUGUACAAAAUGGAUUUUUUGUUAAUAAGCAUUCUAGGUUUAAAACUUUGACAUAUUUGGUUUAUUUUUGAUUGAAGAUAGAUAUGAAGCUUGUGCCUUAGAAGAGGAAUUUAAAUCUCUGCCAUGUUAAGGGAAUGACCAUUUAACUUUUAACAUUGAUGGGCGGGGGGAAGGGUUAAACAAAUUUGUUUUAUUCUAAAAUAAAUUUUGCUACCACACAGGCAUUCAAUAAUUACAUUGAACACAGUAACAUAUCAAAAUACAAUGUAUCAGAAUAUAAGAUGAAGUUUUUUUGUCCAUUAUUUUAAGAGAUUGUUAUGUAAAGCAUAUUUUCAGUGUAAGAAGUCUUGCUCAUUUUUUUUUAAAUUGAACAUUUACCAUACUUGCUGUAAAAGUGUUUAUUGUAUUUUUUCCUAAAUUUCUUCAUUGAAAUUAUUUUUCUUAUUUAAAAUGAAGCUGACACUGAUUUGUAAUUUAAAAAACUAAACAUAUCUAUGGUUAAUUUAUAAAUACAAAUGAUAGGGAGUUAUUUGCUUUAGUUAAUGAUGUACCAAAUAUAUUUUUGUCCCAUCUAUAUUAAAGUUUCAUGACAAAGAAUUAACAUCAACAAUUGAGAAUUUGUUUUCAUCACUAUUAAAGAUCUCACCAAAAAAGUUUUUUCCUGUAUUUUUUUUAUUACAGCAAGUAAGGUGACUGCAAGCUAGCAUUCAGGUAUUUUCUAAGUCUCCAAAUGUUUUAUAUGAUUAUGUGAUAAGAUAAAUUGGAAAUAUAGUCACUUCCACUGAAAUGUACAACACGUUUAAAAAUACCAUUGAAAGUUCUUCAUCUCAAUACAGAUCAGUUCAUAAUUGCACAUGUGUAAUUGUACAUUUUGUCACUCCUAUAUACAGUUAGAUUUAAUGAGUUCUUAUUGACCUUCUCUGGUUGACAAAGUUCGUCAGACACCUGUCACUUGGUAUGACACACUUGUUCAAUGCUAAAGAAAGAGUAUCCAUGAGUGCAGCAAUGUUGAUCUGUCAACAAAGUUUGAACUUUCACUGGUAUUUUUAAACAUGUUUUAAGUAGGUUUUAUAUUAACAAUUGAUAUUCAUUCCUUUUGACAGUUGUACAGUACAUUGUAAUACCUGUAUUAAAUAAAAUGUUUUAUUGAA